UCGACUUUGCACGACUGGCAAGCGUUGAUUUCGUGCGGAGGACAGAUCGAUGAGGGUGCAUUGCGGCACUUCGUCGAGAGCCAUUUCGAUGAGCCAGGAGGCGAGUUGGAUGCGUGCCAGCCGAGCGACUUCGAUCCGGAGUGCGGCAAAUUCGAAACAAUCAACUGCCCCUCCUAUCGACAAUGGGCCAAGGAAUUGCAUCGCAAAUGGCCAACACUUUGCCGCAAGGUAAGCAUGCAUUUUCAAUUCGUACACAUUUAG